AUGUCACUUCUUGGCCGUAUCCACGAUCUCUCUCCAGAGACAACCAAAGAUCGCCUUAUUCUCUUUUUUCUGGUCUAUGUCACUUGCUAUCUCACUUACUGGACAGGUGUUGUCAUCUAUCGAAUCACCUUCCACCCAUUGGCUAAAUAUCCCGGCCCUUUUCUCUGUCGAACCAGUUGGUUAUAUCAAACGUACUAUGAGGCCUUUUUGAGUGGUAGAAUGUUGGAGCGGUUGCCUGCUUUGCAUCAGAAGUAUGGACCUGUCGUUCGUAUCAACCCAGGCGAAGUCCACAUCAAGGAUGCCUCUGUCUUCCAUCAGAUAUACAAACAAAAUACCAGAUUCACCAAGGAUCCAAUUGCCUACACCCUUGGGGUUCCCAAUGCAAUUAGCAUGCUGUUUGAUAUUUCCGAGCACAAGAAGAGACGUGAAACUCUCAACCCAUCCUUUUCCAAGCGUAGAAUUCUGCUUCUUGAGGAUUUGAUGUAUGAGGAACUUGAAAAGGUUAUGUCCCACGCGAUGCCUUAUAUCGAGAGAAAGGAACCUUUACCCAUUCAAGAUGCUUACUAUUGUUUUACCGCUGAUGUUAUCUCUCACUUUACGUUUGGAAAAAGCAUUGACCUGAUCAGUCAACCUAACUUUUCACGGGAGCGUGUAGAGCAGCUACGCUCCUUUACCAAUAGUAUUUGGAUUCUGAUUCACUUCGGUUUCAUCCACAAAAUCGUUUCAGCGUUGCCUCGAAGAGUCGCUGCCUUUGCCAAUGAAGGCUAUCAGAUGAUUGUGUGGGCAAAUGCAGUGAGGAGGCAUGAGCAUUCUGACGGAAAGCCAAAAGAGCUCGGCGAGGAGACAAUCUUUGACCGCCUGCUAGCUGGUAACAAUAGCAAAGAGAAUGAGGCGGACAUGUCUCGCCGCAAACAAGCUCCAAAAAUGGCUGCUCAGCAAAUUGCAGAUGAAAGUGUCGGCCUCCUCAUGGCGGGCACUGAGACAACUGCAACCAUGCUCGCCUAUGGCACCUACUACUUCAUGACUUUUCCUGAAGUUCAGGCCAAGAUAAUGGCAGAAUUGGCUACAGUUCAAAGGACUGAGUCUGGUAGAUUGCCCAUUCAGCAGAUUGAGUCUCUCCCCUAUUUUACUGGGUUUGUGAAGGAAACUUUGCGAUUUGCCCAUGGAGUGCCUGGAAGACUUACCAGAGUGGUCCCUAGCGGUGGUCUCUAUAUCCCCUCAAUCAACGACUACAUUCCUGAGGGAUAUGUGGUUGGAAUGAGCCACAUGAUGAUUCACAAUGAUCCUGAAAUCUUUGAGGCUCCCAAUGAGUUCAGACCAGAGCGGUGGAUGGGUGAAGAGGGCAAGCAGCUUGAUCAUUGGUUGCUGACUUUCUCCAAGGGGUCUCGAAAUUGUCUGGGAAUGAACCUGGCAUAUACGGAGAUGCACUUGAUGCUUGCCAAUGUCUUUACCCGGUUUGACUUGAGUCUUAUCCCAGGAACCCAUGAAGACAUGAUUUGGCUGGACCGUGCCAUUGUCAGGAACCGUGGAAAUCUUCGGGUCAUGGCUAAGCUCAAGUCUGUGAAGUAA